CGGGCGCAGGGCGGGUGGCGGAGGCUCGCGGAGGCUCGGUGGUUCCCGGAAGCCUGUGGCUUGCGCCCCAGGAACUGCGGUUUGCUGAGUCGGAGCGGGCAGUUCCCGACGGCGGGCAGCAGCAUGUCGGUGGCCGGUCUGAAGAAGCAGUUCUACAAGGCGAGCCAGCUGGUCAGCGAGAAGGUCGGAGGAGCCGAGGGGACCAAGCUAGAUGAUGACUUCAAAGAAAUGGAGAAGAAGGUGGACGUCACCAGCAAGGCCGUGGCAGAAGUGCUGGUCAGAACCAUUGAGUACUUGCAGCCCAACCCAGCCUCGCGGGCCAAGCUGACCAUGCUCAACACAGUGUCUAAGAUUCGAGGCCAGGUGAAGAACCCUGGCUACCCACAGUCGGAGGGGCUGCUAGGCGAAUGUAUGAUCCGCCAUGGGAAGGAGCUGGGUGGCGAAUCCAACUUUGGCGAUGCCCUGCUGGAUGCGGGGGAGUCCAUGAAGCGCCUGGCUGAGGUGAAGGACUCGCUGGACAUCGAGGUCAAGCAGAACUUCAUUGACCCACUGCAGAACCUAUGCGACAAGGACCUGAAGGAGAUCCAGCACCACCUUAAGAAGCUGGAAGGCCGCCGCUUGGACUUUGACUACAAGAAGAAGCGGCAGGGCAAGAUCCCAGAUGAGGAGCUGCGCCAGGCUCUGGAGAAGUUCGAGGAGUCCAAGGAGGUGGCUGAAACCAGUAUGCACAACCUGCUGGAGACUGACAUCGAGCAGGUAAGUCAGCUCUCAGCCCUGGUGGACGCGCAGCUCGACUACCACCGGCAGGCCGUGCAGAUCCUGGACGAACUGGCAGAGAAGCUUAAACGGAGGGUACACGAUGCCUCCUCACGCCCCAAGCGGGAGUACAAGCCUAAGCCCCGGGAGCCCUUUGACCUUGGAGAGACAGAGCAGCCCAACGGGGGCUUCCCCUGUGCCCCUGCACCCAAAAUCACAGCGUCGUCAUCGUUCCGAUCAUCUGACAAACCAGCCAGGACGCCCAGCAGGAGCAUGCCACCUCUGGACCAGCCAAGCUGCAAGGCACUGUAUGACUUUGAGCCUGAGAACGACGGCGAGCUGGGCUUCCGCGAGGGCGACCUCAUCACACUCACUAACCAGAUCGAUGAGAACUGGUACGAGGGAAUGCUGCGUGGCCAGUCAGGCUUCUUCCCACUCAGCUAUGUGGAGGUGCUGGUGCCCCUGCCACAGUGACCGUGCGCCUAGAUGGCCGCCUCCAGCCAGCUCCCACAUUCCGCUGGGCCGGCCUCUCCAUCCUUGCAGGUGAGGCCCGUUUGCACUGGCACCUGGCUCACCAGCAGCAGGGCUAACACUAAGGUGCUCUGAUAAACACUACCGUUCCUGUUUCCUGGGGUAAUGACUCCAGGGGGACCCACUUCAGCCCACACCCCAGCCCCAGCUGUCCUGAUAUCAGGGCCCAGUCCAAGUCCCACCACACCAGGAGGCCCAUGCUCAGGCCCUCUGCCUUCAUGGGUAGGGUGGGAUGGAUGCCAUCCCUAGAGCUCCCACGUUGGAUUCCUGCCCAGCCCAUUGCUGGCAAUGGGCCUCAGUCCCCUGUUCAUGCUCCCCAGAGGCAUAGGCACAGCCUUACACACCUACCAUUCUCUGGGAUCUGAAGCCUCUGGCCUCCCUAGCCUCAAAUCCUCACCGCUGUGGCCCUGCAGAGGCAGGCCAGGACCUGAGGCUACCCGCACCUGAACUGAGCUGAGUCCCCCCAGCUCCUUAGCCAAGAACAUGAAGUGUCCCUGGCCCUAGCUGCCACUUCCAGCUGUGUGCUUGCACACGCACACACAUGUGCACCUCCCAAGGGACCACAGAUGCAACCCAAGGUCAAGCACAAGGCUCUGAAGAAUGUCCCCAGACUCCAGCCGCUGGCACCUCCCCUCUGUAAACCAUCACCCUUACCAUCCUGCCCUGUGGACCUCGCCUUCCCCAGACCCCUGCAGGCGGUUGACAGGUCCUUCAUGGCCACUGCCUCCGCUCUGCUUUCUCCUCCCACCCAGGUGUCAGCUGAGUGGGGUCCUUGAGCCUGGCCUCAGUCACAUUCCCGAUGGGCUGCUCACUCCCAGCCUGAGCCAAAUGGAAAUGUACUCCUGGUUUUUUAAAAAAGUAUUAAAUGUCUUUCUACA